AUGGCCCCACGCACGUCCAUCGAGGACUUCCAGGACCUCAUCAAGUCCAGCAACCGCAUCGUCGCCCUCUGCGGAGCCGGUCUCUCGGCAGCCUCGGGCCUGCCCACGUUCAGAGGGGCAGGUGGUCUAUGGCGGAACCACGAGCCCACCUCCCUCGCGACCCCUGAGGCUUUUGAGGAGGACCCUGCUCUGGUCUGGCUCUUCUACGCAUGGAGGCGACACAUGUGUCUCAAGGCACACCCCAACGAGGGCCAUCGCGCCCUGGCCGAGCUGGCAAAGAAGAAGAAUAAUUUCAUCUGCCUGACGCAGAACGUCGACGGCCUGUCGACCCGAGCGGGCCACCCCGCGGACAGGCUGCACCUCCUCCACGGGAGCAUCUUGGACAUCAAGUGCUUUGACGAAUGCGGCUAUGUCGACAGGGACAACCUCUCCGACCCGCUCUGUCCCGCGCUGGAGGCCGCGUCGGCGGUGAGCACGGCACCAGAUAACGCCGGCAGGCUGCCCCUGCUGGACCCCAACGUGCCCAUGCCCCGGAUCGACGUCAAGGACCUGCCGCACUGCCCGAACUGCAAGACUGGCCUCCUCCGCCCCGGCGUCGUCUGGUUUGGUGAGGCGCUGGACAGCAAGAUGCUGGACGACACGGAUGACUGGAUCGACUCGGCGCCCGUGGACGUCAUGUUGGUGGUGGGCACCGCGGCUGUGGUUUACCCUGCUGCUGGCUACACGCAGAAGGCCAAGAGUAUGGGCGCUGUUGUCGCGGUUGUCAACCCUGACAAGAGCUCCUCCGCUGGCCUGGGGUCCAAGGACUUCUUUUUCGAGGGCGACGCUGCCGAGAUUCUUCCUAAGCUGUUUGCUAAAGUUAUCUGA